GGUGAAAAGGAGGAAGAUGGCUGACAAGGUCCUGCCGCAGAGGAUCCGGGAACUGGUUCCAGAAUCCCAGGCCUACAUGGACCUCCUCGCCUUUGAGCGCAAGCUGGACCAAACCAUCGCUCGGAAGAGGAUGGAGAUUCAGGAGGCCAUUAAGAAACCGCUGACGCAAAAGCGGAAGCUGAGGAUUUACAUCUCCAACACUUUCACCCCAGCUAAAGAAGAAGGGGAGGGUGGUGAGCGCGUGGCCUCCUGGGAGCUACGUGUGGAGGGCAAACUGCUGGAGGACCCGAGUAAGCAGAAGAGGAAGUUCUCCUCCUUUUUCAAGAGCCUUGUCAUCGAGCUGGACAAAGAGCUGUACGGGCCGGACAACCACCUGGUGGAGUGGCACCGGCUGCCCACAACCCAGGAGACCGACGGUUUCCAAGUGAAGCGUCCCGGCGACGUCAAUGUGAAGUGCACUCUGCUGCUCAUGCUGGAUCACCAGCCACCGCAGUACAAACUGGACCCUCGCCUGGCUCGCCUGCUCGGGGUGCACACCCAGACCCGUGCCAGCAUCAUGCAGGCGCUCUGGCUCUACAUCAAGCACAACAAGCUGCAGGACAGUCACGAGAAGGAGUACAUCAACUGCAACCGCUACUUCCGCCAGAUCUUUAACUGCGUCCGCAUGCGUUUCUCUGAGAUCCCCAUGAAGCUGGCAGGGCUCCUGCAGCACCCAGAUCCCAUCAUCAUCAACCACACCAUCAGUGUGGACCCCAAUGACCAGAAGAAGACGGCCUGCUACGACAUUGAUGUGGAGGUGGAUGAUCCUCUGAAAGCUCAGAUGAGCAACUUCCUGGCUUCCACCACCAACCAGCAGGAGAUCGCCUCCCUGGAUGCCAAGAUCCAUGAGACCAUUGAAUCCAUCAACCAGCUGAAGACGCAGCGCGAUUUCAUGCUGAGCUUCAGCAACAACCCGCAGGAUUUCAUCCAGGAAUGGAUCAAAUCCCAGAGGAGGGACCUCAAGAUCAUAACAGACGUGAUUGGGAACCCCGAGGAGGAACGGCGAGCCGAGUUCUACCAGCAGCCCUGGGCGCAGGAGGCUGUGGGCAGACACAUCUUCGCCAAGGUCCAGCAGCGUCGGCAGGAACUGGAACAAGUGCUCGGGAUCCGCCUCACCUAAACGGGGCUGGUGGAGGCUCGGGAGCUCCUUCUCCUCUCCCUGCUGCCUGAGCCUGACGGUACUUCUUACUGGAAUCAAAUACAGCAC